GUAGAGAGACAUCGUUUAAUCUGGUGCUCUCUUUGUCUCCCCUAACUCUGGCGACCACCAUCAAUACUUCCACAAUCGGUGAAUCUGAUGCUUCUCCUAAGUUGGUCGGCCCACAAUUCUUUGUAUCCAACAUAAAUUUCAUUAACCAUAGGAAAAAAUUUGUGUCACAUGACACCUGGCGCUUUGGCAAAUAACUGAAGUCGGUCGCGAAAACAGCCACGUCGCUCAUCUUGCCGUUGGUGUCGGAAAAGGUGAACAUCACCGGCCAGAGUUUUGCGUCGUUCGUCUAUAACUCCGACGGCUAGUUUAGUCACAGCCACUGGCAUGAAUUACGAGCGGCGGCUUAUAGCGGCGGCGAAGUACACCUACGCCGAUGACUCAAGUGCUGCAGACGCGUCGCAGCUUAGCUCCGCCGACUUAGGAGUAGAAGCGACGCUUAAGCCUCACCAAGUUGAAGGAGUCUCAUGGCUUAUCCGGAGAUAUCGUCUCGGCGUCAAUGUCAUUCUCGGGGAUGAGGUAUGGCUUCCAAUGUUCGUGGGUUUGUUUCCAUAAACUCAUGCCUUUUUAUAGUGUCAUCGCUUGAAAUUUCAGAAAUGGGAUUGGGGAAAACGCUGCAAGCAAUCUCUCUUUUGAGCUACUUGAAGGUUUCACAAAAAUCUCCUGGUCCUUUUUUGGUAUUGUGCCCACUUAGUGUGACUGACUCUUGGAAGUCUGAAUUUGCAAAAUUUGCUCCAAAGCUGAAUGUUAUCUGUUAUAAUGGGGAGAAAGAGCAUCGGCGCAACCUGCGUAGGAAAAUGCACGAGCAUGUUACCAAGGAAUCACAGGUAUCCAAGGCUCCAUCACUGCCUUUUGAUGUUCUAUUAACAACUUAUGACAUAGCAUUGGUUGAUCAAGAGUUUCUUUCCCAAGUUCCAUGGCAUUAUGCAAUAAUUGAUGAAGCACAAAGACUGAAGAAUACACACAGUGUCUUGUACAGAGUCCUGAAAGAACGGUUUCUCAUGCCAAGGAAAUUACUGAUGACUGGCACACCUAUACAAAACAACCUUUCUGAACUUUGGGCGUUGACGCACUUUUGUAUGCCUUCAAUUUUUGGGACAUCAGAGCAGUUCCUCUCUGCAUUCAAGGAAGCAGGAGAUUCUUCAUGCCUUGAUGCAGGAAGAGCCAAUAGGCAACUCAAAAUAUUGAAAUAUAUACUAGGGGCUUUUAUGCUUAGAAGAACUAAAACUCAACUCAUUGAAUCUGGAACUCUUGUACUACCUUCUCUAACUGAGAUAACAGUGAUGGCACCUUUAGUUGAACUGCAGAAGGCGGUGUAUAUGUCAAUAUUGAGAAAGGAACUACCCCAGUUGCUAGCUCUUUCUUCUGGAGGCUCAACUCGGUCAUUGCAGAAUAUUGUAAUACAGCUAAGAAAAGCAUGUAGUCACCCUUACCUUUUUCCUGGCAUUGAGCCUGAACCAUAUGAAGAGGGUGAGCACCUGGUGCUGGGUAGUGGCAAACUUCUUAUUCUGGAUUGUCUACUUCAGAAAUUGCAUGUUUCUGGACAUCGUGUUCUUCUUUUUGCCCAGAUGACCCAAACUCUUGAUAUAUUGCAAGAUUACCUGGAGCUGAGAAAAUAUUCCUAUGUGCGUCUAGAUGGUUCUAUUCGGGCAGAGGAACGAUUUGCUGCAAUAAGAAGUUUUGGCCAGAGACUAUCCAAAGGAAGUUCAGAUUCAGAAGCUGAUCAGCAUGAAUCUUUUGUCUUUAUGAUUUCAACAAGAGCUGGAGGGGUUGGAUUGAAUCUCGUGGCUGCUGAUACAGUGAGUAUGGCACAACUUCGUUAUAUGGGAUUAUCAAAUCGAAUCUGAACUACAUUUUAUUCACUAUUCAAUCAUAAUAACUUCAAAAGUAUUUACUGAGCUGCUUCUGUUUUUUGUUCAAAUUUUCCAAUGCUCACUUUCAACAUUCCUUCUAGAGUAUUUGCUGUCUGAAAGUAUGAUAACCCCUCAGCAGCUAUUUGUGCUGCUAUCGUCGUGAUAUUGAAAUAGGCAUUUUGUCCUAAUGCUCUCUUAUUACUUUGAAAGGGAUCAUAAUCCAUGAGCGGCUCAGUGCAAAAGUGGGAUGGAAUCAACUCAAUCAAGUCUGGUUAUAUUUUAUGAGCAGGAUUGGAAUCCCCAGGUGGACAAGCAAGCUAUGCAGCGUGCUCACCGGAUUGGUCAAAUGAAUGAUGUUUUAUCUAUUCACUUAGUUACCAAGAGUACAGUGGAGGAGGUCAUCAUGCGAAGAGCAAAUAAAAAAUUGCAGCUGAGCCAUAGUAUCAUAGGCAAGGAUAUUACAGAUGGGGAUAUGAAAGAGAAUGGGAAAGGAAUUCCAGGCGCAGAUUAUGGUGAUUUACGAUCUAUCGUAUUUGGCUUACACAUGCUAGAUCCCAUGGAAAUUAGCAAAGAAAACUCUGAUAAAGUGGAUAUGAGUGAGUUAAAUGCAAUGGCUGAAAAAGUAGUUCUGUUACGCAAGGAGCGACGUUUGGAUAAGUUUCAGAUGAAUUAUGCGGACAUACGUAACGGGAGUUGUUCUAUCACUGAGGGAGCAGAUUCUGUUCAUCUGGAUCCUGCUGUAGACGAAAUUUCAUACCAAUCUUGGAUUGAAAAGUUCAAGGAAGUAUUGCAGGAAAAUAAUGCCACAACUAUGGAAACGGGAAGUAGUAGAAGGUUACUGGAGGAGAAUCAUUUAAAAGCUGAAGCUGCAAGGAAAAGGGCAGAGGAGAAAAAAAUUACCAAAUGGGAAGCUCUAGGUUAUAAUUCAUUGUCUGUGAAAGAUCCAGUUUGCCCUGAUGAUAAGGAUGCUAUAUCGGAUUCUGGUUCUGUCCAUUUUGUUUAUGGGGAUUGCACACUUCCCUUGAACGUGUGUCCAUCAGAGCCAACAGUUAUUUUCAGCUGCGUUGAUAACUCAGGAAACUGGGGACAUGGAGGAAUGUUUAAUGCACUAGCCAAACUUUCACCAAGUAUCUCUAAGGCAUAUGAGCAAGCUUCUGAAUUUGGUGAUCUUCACUUAGGUGAUCUUCAUCUCAUAGAAAUUACAGAGGAUUGCAGUAGUAACAGUAUGUUACCUCACACUCCCCAAUGGGUUGCUUUGGCUGUUGCGCAGUCAUACAAUCCGAGGAGAAAAGUCCGGAGGAGUAACAUAUCCAUCCCCGACCUAGAAGAGUGCCUACUGAAAGCAUCCUAUGUUGCUGCUCAGAAGUCUGCAUCAAUCCACAUGCCACGGAUUGGCUAUCAAGGUGGGAUUGACAGGUCAGAAUGGUACACCAUUGAGCGUCUCCUGCGGAAAUAUGCAGCCAUUUUUGGCAUAAAGUUUUAUGUGUAUUACUUUGGGCGUUCUGCACAAGCAUAGACUACAAACCACGCCUCUUUAUAUCUCUUAUAUACAUCUUUUAUGAAUUGAGUGUUGCUAUUAUUUAUGACGUGUGGGCUUAUGCACUGUUCGUGACCUACUAACACCGUAUCUCUUUUUAGGGAACGUUUGUUACGAUGUAAAGUAAACACUUUGCGUGUAAAGUGUAAGGAAGUAAACAUUUUACACCGUUUGUUUUAACUAUUUAAUGUAAACUGUAGGGCACUUUUUUAUCAACAUUUUACACUGUACCAUGUAAAAUAUUUUACAUGGGAGGAGAGUCAUAAACUACUUUACAC